AAUCAAAACUGAAUUUUGGUGCCAAAUUCCACUCUCAAAUUCAACAAUACAGAAGAUGGAAGAUGCAAGAUUCAACCUUCCUCCUGGUUUUUUCUUCUCUCCAACUGAUGAAGAACUUGUUCUUCACUUUCUCUAUUGCAAGACUUCUCUUAUUCCAUGUCAUCCCAACAUCAUUCCAGACCUCGAUUCUCGCCUUCAUCCUUGGGAACUAAAUGGUAAGGCUUUGUUAAGUGGGAAUCAGUACUAUUUCUUUACCAAAGUGAAUGAAAACAGAACAACGGAAAAUGGGUGUUGGAAGGAAAUAGGUGUGACGGAACCUAUAUUUUCAACUUUUGACAAGAAAGUGGGAACGAAGAAGUACUUGGUAUUCCACAUUGGUGAAGCUCCACAUGUUACUGAAACCAGCUGGGUAAUGCAAGAAUAUAAUAUAUGUUCUUCUGGGUUUGGCACUGCGUCCUGUAGAAGUUCUAGGAGACGAAAACAUGAUCAAAGUUUGAGCCAGUGGGUUUUGUGCAGAGUGUACGAGAAGAUGAGGUCUGAAGGUGUAAACUGCUAUAGCGAUGACGAUGAGAGUGGAUCAGAGCUUUCAUGGUUAGAUGAAGUUUAUCUGUCGUUGGAUGAUGAUCUUGAUGAAAUUGGCAUGCCAAAUUAGAUCGAAUAUUAUUUUAUACUGAUGUUAA